AUGGGCGAAUUUGUCGAAAACAGCGACCAGCCGACCGCGGUCGCGCUUCCAAACUCCGAGCAGUUUUAUUUGGACAAUGAUCAAGGCGAAAAAUAUUUGAUUCAAGUAUCUUGGCCGUUGAAUUGGCGAGAUGGUCCGGCCUCGGCUCGCAAACCUCUACCUAUCAUGUAUAUGGUCGAUGGGAACGUAACGUUUCUGACUGCAACCGAGUCUUCUUGGCGUCGCCAACUCUCGUCACGAUACACUGGGGGAGGUCUAAUUGUCGCCAUUGGGUAUCCGUUAACUAGAAAAUUAUAUGAUUUUCAACGACGGAACGGCGAUUUGACCCCACCAACAAAAAAUCCAAUUCCUGGCCACGGAGGAGCCGAUGGCUUUCUUGAUUUUAUUGAUGGAUGUGUUCGGCCCGCGGUCAAAGCGCGCUACCCGCAAAUAACUGUCUCGCGAGAAGGUCUUUAUGGCCAUUCAUACGGGGGCAUCUUUGUGCUCCACGCCUUGUUCACGCGCCCCACUAUGUUCGAUAGCUAUUUGGUUGCCAGCCCCUCGAUUUGGUGGAAUGAUAGGUGCAUAAUGAGCGAGGCGAAAACAUUCUUGGAAAACGAAAACAGGCAAGUCAAAAACGGCUCGCUACCAUCGCUGGCUAUCUUCUGGGGCUCAUUUGAACAAACUCCACCCCGGUGGGAUAAUGAAUCGCUUGACGAAUAUGAGCAGAGAGUACAGACAGCCUCCGAUCAGAAGAUGGCGGACAGUGCCUUCGGUCUUUCUGAGAUGCUGAGAGGUUCAAAGGGGAUACGAAGAGUUAAAGCAGAGGAAAUUCUCAAGGAGGACCAUAUAAGUAUUACUCCAUGUUCACUUCACAGAAUUGUGGGUGAAAAGCCUGCUGCGGACUCUCAUGAAGCUUCGACGAGUGACCCAAAUGUCGUCCAGAUGAGGGCCAAUGACAAGGAGGCUGCACAUGACAUGAAUGAAAUUGCCGGAGUGUCCAAAAAUGAUGACGAUAGACCAACUGAAGAUGCGCAAGUUGGCGUGAGACAAAUUGAGGCAGUCACCCUGGCCUGGGGCAAGGGGUCCGUGUUCACGGUGUUGAUAUUUAUUUGGUUCCUCACCCUCAUCAAUAACAUGAAAAGCUCUAUGGUCUAUAGCUUGACUGCCUAUGCCACGAGUUCAUUUAUGGGCCAUUCGCUUUUGACAGUCAUCACUAUCGUCGCCAAUGCCAUGACAGCUGCCGUUUACAUCCCCAUGGCCAAAGCAUUAGAUCUUUGGGGACGCGCAGAGGGUCUUCUUCUUAUGACUUUGUUUUGUAUGAUCGGACUUAUUCUUCUCGCUACGUCGCGAAACCUUGAAACUUACUGUGCUGGAGAGGUGUUCUACUCUGUCGGUUUUGGCGGACUUGCCUACAGCUGGGAUGUUCUUGCAGCAGAUGUGACAAAUCUGAGAAACCGUGGUUUGGCAUUUGCUUUUACUUCAUCCCCAGCUUUAAUCUCGGCAUUUGCAGGUUCCAAGGCCGCCGCGGAGUUUCUCCUCCACGUCGACUGGCGUUGGGGUUAUGGGAUCUGGGCAAUAAUCUUGCCAUUUUUUGCUCUACCAAUCUACAUUAUUCUGGCAUACAGUUUGCGAAAAGCUGAGAAAAAAGGAAUUAUCCUCAAGGAGAAGAAGUCAUGGAGCUUCAAUUUACAGACCAUCCAGUGGAUUGUUAUCGAGUUUGAUGUCCUAGGCGUUAUAUUGUUUGCUGGCGGGUUCGUCGUUUUUCUUUUGCCCUUCACGCUGGCCAGCAGUGCCCCCGAUGGAUGGAAAACUGGAUACAUCAUUGCGAUGAUGGUAGUGGGAUUUGUCACUAUCAUAGUGUUCGGGUUAUACGAGACCUAUGUUGCUUCAAGGCCGUUCUUGGACUACAAAUUUCUCACCGAUCGAACAAUUCUGGGCGCAUGCCUACUGGAUAUGACAUACCAGAUCUCUUAUUAUUGCUAUGGCAGCUAUCUGUCAUCCUUUUUGCAAGUGGUAUAUGAAUUGGAUGUGGCCACUGCUGGAUACGUUGGAAACACCUUCAGCGUGGUUUCUUUUGUCUUCUUGUUCAUUGCUGGUUGGCUUAUUCGAUGGACUGGUCGCUUCAAGUGGAUCCUUUGGGUAUGCGUUCCGAUGUACAUCUUCGGGCUGGGUCUUAUGAUCCACUUCCGUCAGCCAGGUGGGUAUAUCGGUUACAUUGUCAUGUGUGAAGUGUUUUUCUCUGUGUCUGGUGGUAUAUUCAUUCUUUGCGUGCAGAUAGCUGCCCUUGCCUCGGUCGACCACCAACACGUCGCUGCAGCUUUGGCACUUGUGUUCGUGUCGGGUAGCAUUGGUGGAGCUAUCGGAAGUGCUAUAUGUGGAGCCAUCUGGACGAACACUUUCUUGAAGCAACUAGAGCUUCAUCUUCCCGAAUCUGCCAUGCCGAAUUUGGCUCUGAUUUACUCACAGCUUCCUGUGCAGCUAAGUUACGAAGUUGGAAGCCCUGAGCGUGACGCCAUUGUCAAAGCCUAUGGCUAUGCUCAACCAAGAAUGCUUAUUGCUGGAACCGUGUUUAUGGCCCUCGGCUUUAUCUGGGUCGGGAUGAUGAGGAACUUGAAUGUCAAGAAAAUGACCCAGACUAAGGGAAAUGUGUUUUAG